GCUACCGCUCCGAGCCUCGCGGUGCACAGCCUCCUGCUGAUGAGGGUUUUGGAGAUGGAAGCGCCCAAGUUGCGCUCUUUGCCAAGUCAGCGCCCACUGUGGCCUUGGACAGACACUUCGGUCUCCAAGGCACCGGCUCUGGGAGCUCCAAAGAGAGGGCGAGGCCCGUUCUACCCCUUCCCAAGACGGGUUUGAGCCUGACAUCUUGACACUGAGAACACCCGUCCUAGUCCUGAUGCCAGCAGCCUGCAGAUGGGUGAUGCUGGAGCGCUGGAGGCGAGUGUCACAGACCUUUCCCCGGUGUUCCCUCAAGGUUCUCCCAACUAGAGAACAACUCAAUUGAAAGCCAAAGGGACCAUUCAUAAACCCAUUGAUGUUGUUCAUACAGGACCGUGAGAUGGUGACGACUAUCUUUUGCCAAGAAAAGGAAUGAGGAAUCCACAUCUGAUUCUUCACUAGCAGAUAAGGCGGCUGCUGGUGCUGACCUGAGAGAGCAGCGUGAGGCUAUGGGAAGCCUUUCUCCAAAGUCGGCCCAUCAUUCCAGGCUCACUUCCCGCUUUGGAUUCGUGAGCAGCCCUGACGAGAGGGCAUGAGGGUUCUGGAGGAUGCCCACCAUUUUGAAGUGUUUCAGCCCACACAGGUCCUUGUUGUUAUUAAUUUUCUGUUGGGGUGAAGCAAGUAGCCAGCGAUCACAAUACAGAUGGCAGUAGCGGCUUCACCAUGGCAACGAUGACGCCAAUCGGCGGGAGGCGUACCGACACCCUUUAGUUCCGGCUUGCUGGUGACGUCACUUCCGUCCCCGGCACAGCGGCGUGCACGCCUCUCUUCCUGCUGCGGCGGAGUGGACUCUGAGCCGAGGUGGAGGGAAUCCACGAGAAUGUGGGGCCGGCGACAUGGAAAAGGAAGGUGGGAAGCCCGCGGCCGUGGUCGCAGUGGUGACUGAGCCGCGGUUUACCCAGCGAUGCAGGGAGUAUCUCGAGAAGGAGAAACUCCUGGACAGACAGCACCGCGUGGAGAAGAUGCCGGACGGCACCGUGGCGCUGCCCGUGCUGGGAGACGCGCUCCCCGAGCAGCACCUGCGGGAGCUGAGGAGUCGUGUGGCUCCAGGCGGCACCUGUGCACUGACGCAGCUCCUGGAUCCUGUGCCUUCCAGGAAGGCCCAGGGUUGUUCGCCUGCCCAGCGGCUGUGCCUUGAGGUGAGUCGCUGGGCAGAGGGCCGGGGAGUGACAUGGUCAGCUGAGUUGGAGGCUGAUUUGCCCCGAUCUUGGCAGCGACAUGGUAACCUCUUGUUGCUGAGUGAGAACUGUUUCCAAGCCAAGCAGUGGAAACAUCUGGAACCAGAACUCUGGGGGGUAGUGGCCUCGGCACUCGGCGUCCAGCGUUUGGCCAAACGAGGGCGGGUCUCACCAGAUGGCACCCGAACGCCAGCAGUGACUCUGCUGCUGGGCGACGAUGGCUGGGUUGAGCAUGUGGAUAACGGGAUCCGGUAUACGUUUGACAUGACCCAGUGCAUGUUCUCCUUCGGAAACAUCACUGAGAAGCUCCGAGUGGCAUCGCUGCCCUGUGCUGGACAAGUGCUGGUGGAUCUCUAUGCAGGGAUUGGUUAUUUUACGUUGCCAUUCCUCGUUCAUGCUGGUGCUGCCUUCGUCCAUGCCUGUGAGUGGAACCCCCACGCGGUAGCGGCUCUGAAACGUAACCUUGAGAUCAAUGGAGUAGCAGGUCGGUGCCAAAUACACUUUGGAGACAACAGAAAGUUGAACCUCUCAAACAUUGCAGACCGGGUGAACCUGGGGCUGAUUCCCAGCUCUGAAGAAGGCUGGCCGAUUGCCUGCCGAGUGCUACGAAAGGAUGCCGGGGGCAUUUUGCAUAUCCACCAAAAUGUGGAAUCUUUCCCAGGGAGGAAUCUCCAGCCUUCGGGAAACAGUGAAAUGGGGAAGGAGGAUUGGCCUUGUCCUCAGCAAAUUAUCAGUAACCAACGGGAAAAUGGAGCUACUGGGGAUUCUAGGAGGAAAGUGCUGUCCGCAGCCUUCAAGCCAGAGUGGCACAGGUGGGCGGAGUCUGCAGAAACUCGAAUUGUCAGUCUGCUUCAGCAGGUGCACGGGAAACCGUGGAAGACACACAUCUUGCACAUCCAACCAGUGAAAUCCUAUGCACCCCACGUGGAUCACAUAGUCCUGGAUCUAGAAUGCCGGCCCUGUCCUCUGGUUGGCUAGAGAUGGUGGAUCCAGAGACAUGAGGAUCUACCUGUGAGUGAACCUUCAUGCAUCAGCUCAGGCCAGGUUCUCACCCCUCUUGCCUCCGGUAAUCCAUUUAAAUACAGUAUUUUGUGGCCCUGCAAGCAGGCUCUGGACCAGUCCAUCCUGGGAGAAGCAGUAUGGCUCACUGAAAUGAGGCCCAUCUGUGCAGUCAUGCAUUCCGAAUCCUGACCUCGGUUCUGUCUGACCGUGGGUACCUGGUUUCAGUAUUCUUUUGGCGUUGGAUUUCCGUAUUUACAAAAUAAGGGUUUCUCUGAAUUAUCUUACAUGGCUUUUAUUUAAUGAGCGGUUGCACACAGGAUGUUGGUUAUCAGAGUGAAAGGCAGUGCUGUUUCCAAAAUCAUUCUGGUUACCAUAUGAAAAAUCAACCAGAAGGUGUCCAGGAGGGAAGCAGACCAGUGAGAAGGUCUCUGUAGUUGUCCAGGCAUGAGGUGAUGGUGGCCUCUAGUUGGUGGCAGUGGGAGGUGGAUGAAUUUGAGAAAUAAAAUCAAUGUGACUAAA